AUGCCUGGUGUAUGGUCCAUGCGAUUGCGUGCAGGAGAAGUGCAAUCGGUCUAUUUUGCAAAGGAUCUCAGAAUCACGAAUUUUGCACUUGGUCCUGAUGUUAAGGAUCUCGCUGGAAGAUCAGUCGUGCAACUCUGUUUCGAGAGAGAAGAUCAAGAAGAGGUCGAAGUAGUUCCUAUCUGCGCGUUGACGCCUUACAAGAGUGAGCACUUCUCCACCUGCAUAGAACUGGAUGCUGGUAAAGAAUAUGCCUUCGAAGUUGUCGGUGACAAUGAUGUCCACCUAAUCGGAAACUAUAUUGGUGAUCAUUCAACUGGACCUCAAGUCACACCCUUCGAAGCGCCAAAAAGUGUAAAAGCCAGCAGUAUUCUCGCGCCUCAACCUGUCUUGGCAUCAACUGCUCACGAAGACAGCUCUCGGUCAAUCCAUGAUAACAAAGAUCUGCCGGCAGUUGUAGAUAAAGACCCAUUUAAGAUGGAUGGUAGCCCGGAUUCAACCCCUCACCCAAUUGUCAUAGAGGAGAUAGUUGGACAAGGUGAACUCAUUACUCAUGGCAGUCGCGUCGUUUUGUAUCACAUGUGCAAGUUACACCCUGGGGAUAUUACACUUGAUCGAAGCACGACUGCAGAUGGACCUCCGUUAGAAGUCACUGUCGGGUUGGGGCACAUCCCGAAGGCUUGGGACCAACGCAUUAUUGGUAUGAAUGAUGGUGGCAGUCGUGUCAUCGAUAUCCCACCUCACUUAAUCAACAUGGAUGAAUGGGAAAAGCAUCUCACUGGGCAGGGUUGUCACGAGGGUGUUCAGCGACUUUCGGAAGUCAAUCCUCAAAAAGCACAUAUCAUCGUUCGUACAGCAGUUUUCAAACAAAGCGAAUGA